UGAUCGGAACGGCCGUCGCUCAAGGCGCCAUUGUCCGUCGAUUGGUGCAGCAGCGCGGGCGGAUUCCUCUACGGGCUCGGUCUUCAAGGCUCGCGGAGAGCGAAUGUCGUCAUGAGCGAACAACAGGACAGUAUGGCCACCACUGUUGCUGUCAGUCCCAGCGAAUACCUUCAGCCUUCCACCGCUUCCACACAAGAGACCCAGCCCUCUCCUCUGGCCCUCCUGGCUGCCACUUGUAGUAAGAUCGGCCCUCCCGCUGCUCAGGCUCCUGUCACCUCUCCUCCAGCUCAGCCGCAGCCUCGCAGGCUCCUCCCCAUAAAGCCGGCUCCAAUCGCCCCAGCUCCGCCCAAAAACCUGGGCUUCUUGUCAGCCAAGGGCAAUGUGAUCCAGCUCCCCGCCGGUCUGGGCUCCUCGGCCCCCGGCAGCCCCAUCGUGCUCACUAUCCAGCAGAGCCCGGCUCGUACCAACACCGCCGCCCCCGCCAACAUCCAGUACCAGGUGAUGCCGCAAAUCCAGGGCGCCCAGACCAUCCAGAUGAUGCCACAGGGGGGCCAGAUCCAGCUCAUACCAGGCACCAACCAGGCCAUCAUCACCACUCCCAUGACGGUGCCGGCGCCAGCGGCAGCCGCCACCCCGGUCACGCCGCAGAAGACUGUAGCCAUCAAGCCCUCGCCCAAGUUGCGAAAGUCUAACAACACCGCCGCAAACAUGGUGCAGCUCCCCAGCGGGCUCACGCUGCCGCUCAACGUGGCUACCGGAGAGGUGGGCGGGACUCAAAUCGUCACGGAGACGGCAGCGGCCCCUCCCACUACAGGAAAGGGACGACGAGGGAGGAAGAAGAAAGUGGUUCUGGCUGCUCAGCCUCCGCCUCCUCCUCCUGCACAGGCUGCCUCCCCUCCCCCAGAGCAGAUGGAGACCAUCCUGAUAGAAGCUGGUGACAACAUCAUUCAGGCAGGAAACAACCUGCUGAUUGUGCAGAGUCCCGGGCAGCCAGCUGUGGUGCAGCAGGUCCAGCUGGUCCAACCCAAACAUGACUCUCAGGUGGUUCAGAUCCCCCAGCAGGCCCUGAAGGUGGUGCAGGCCGCCUCCGCCACGUUGCCGCAGGUCCCACAGAGACAGUCGGUCCCCUCGAGCCUGCAGGUCGCCGCGGCAGAGCCGACACCUACGCAGAUCCUCUUCAAAACAGCAUCGGGUGAGUGGCAGUCUGUCCAGAUCCAGGAUACAGUGUCCACAACAACGACCCCCACCACUUCUGUCGCCACCACCACCACCUCGUCACCUGCCGGCACCAAGAGGACACUGGCAGGGGGGAGGAAGGAGCGGACUCUGGCUAAAAUUGCCCCGGCGGGGGGAAUCAUCGCGUUGAAUACGUCACAGCUCUCCUCAGCAGCCCAGGCGGUGCAGACCAUCAGCAUCAACGGGGUCCAAGUUCAGGGAGUUCCUGUCACCAUCACAAACGCAGGAGGCCAGCAGCACCUGACGGUGCAGACGAUGCAGGGCGGAGGGCUCCAGCUGGCAGCGGCGCAGGGCCAGUCGGCCAUCCAGGUAGAUCAGACCCUCACCCUGGAGCUUCCCAGCCAGCCGGGAGAGAAGAAGCGACGCAUGGCCUGCACCUGCCCCAACUGUAAAGACGCAGACAAGAGGCCCGGGGAGGUGGGGAAGAGGAAGCACAUCUGCCACGUCCCCGGCUGUGAGAAGACGUUCAGGAAAACGUCGCUGCUCAGAGCUCACGUCCGGCUGCACACCGGCGAGAGGCCCUUCGUCUGCAACUGGGUUUUCUGCGGGAAACGUUUCACACGCAGCGACGAGCUGCAGCGGCACGCCAGGACACACACAGGAGACAAGCGCUUCGAGUGCAGCCAGUGUCAGAAACGCUUCAUGAGGAGUGACCACCUGACGAAGCAUUACAAGACUCACAUAAACACCAAGAACCUGUGAGCAGACAGUAUGUUGACUGUAUACGCAGACAAACUCUCAUAAACUAAAGACUGUGUUAGAGGAAGGAGGGGCAGAGGAGACCAUACCAAGGGAGUGUCUGUGACUUGUCCCAUAGUGGGACAUACUCCAAAAAAAGUCUGUAUAUCUCCUCUCUCACUCCUCUGGGACACUUUGUAGCGUGGUGUACAAACAAAUCCUUCCUGGUGGACUUCAAAACUGAUCCAGCAAAUUUAUUAAUAAUAGUUUAUUUUUGUUUUUUCUGGUCUGAGCGGAGACCAGCACCAGCUCCGCCUCAACGCGUAAGAUGACGAGAUGGCGAGGCUUCAGACACAGAUGCUCGACUCUGCUUGCUUAUUUAUGAACUUCUCUGAGGGAAGAUUUUCCACAGAAUUAUUCAGAUGCCAACACCCAAGACCACAGGACUCCAGUCACAGUUUCCCUCUCGGCUCUUUUUGUUUUUCUUCCCUCGACUCCUGAUUGGUUUUACUUGCACAAGUUUUAUUUUAUUUCUUUGUUCUUACAACAACAGGAGCUCCCAGAAAUUGGCCAUCAAGCACCAAAAAAAGAAACUCAACACCGGAUUUUGUACAUUUAACAAAAAUUUAUUUUACCUCAGUGGCAUGGUAAUUUUGUUUUAAGCUAUUUGUGUUUCAGCAGGAGUCUCUGCUGAUUUAAAACCUGUAUACCCAAAAAGUUGGGGACCAUUACAUGAAAUUCCCCAAACAAAACUUUAGAAGUUUACAUCGGCCAAAAUAACACAAAUCUGUGUAUAUGCAUACCAUCAUACAUAAUAUUAAUAAUGAUAAUAAACUAUUUAUAGCAUUUUCCCAUACAAUUGUAUUAAAUUGAUUUACAAAGUAGGCAUGUGAGAGAAUUCAACAUACAAAAGAAAAAAGACUAAAUGAGACUUAAAUUUAAAAAUUCAAACAUUUUACAGCAGAGAUACAAAGAGGCUGUAAAAAGAACAUUUUAACACAUGUUCAAGUGUGCUUUGAGGGUACUGAUCAAGCUGGAAGGAGCUCUUUCAACAUGGCGAUCCAAGGCCUGGCAUCUCUUAUGGCAAAGUUUCAAACAGUCACUGAGCUGCCAAAUCCUCAGAACAAAUAGCAGCAUUUCAGGCUGAGCGCAGGCUCGUAAAAGGUUUAACAUGCAGUGCAGGGCCAGAACUCACUGUGCCUUAAAAGUUGUCAUUCAGAUUUUAAAAUCAAUUUCCAAACAAACAGGGAACAAGCGAAGAGUUGCUGAGAUUGAAUAUCUCGACUCCUGCAGGAACAGUGACAGCAAAUGUUAAUUACAGAAUUUUCCAGGAAAUUCAGGAUGUUAAAACUGGAAAAAACAACAACAAAAAAACAAGCCUGAACACCCCUGAUGACUCAAAACAAAUCUGAGUCUAAUAUCACAUUUAAACACGCAUAGUAAGGUUAUAAAUAUUAUCUUGUGUCUGGUUGGUGAUGGAGUUUUGUGCAGGGACAAGACAGUAUUAUGGAAAUGAUUUCUAUCAACUUUAAGGAGAUUUGAGAGCUCUAAAAGGCAAUAUUUGGGCCUUUUGAAGGGGUGUGAUUCUCUCAAUUUUCAUUGGUACAUCAUAUCUUUGUUGUUGUGAAAAUAAUUAUCAUGAUUGGGGAUGAUGUCACAGAGUGGAAACAUAUAAUAGGAGAAUAAUAGAGGACCCAGAAUUGAACCCUGUGGAACACCAGAUUUGAGAGGGAGCCACCCAACCAAAUUCUGAAGUAAUCAGUCAGUAUUUUGUGAUCAACCUUAUGAAAAGCUGCACUGAGAUCAUGAAGAAAAGGGAUGUCACCUUCUUUAGUUGCAACAAGGAGAUCAUUAGUAACAUCUGGAAGGAUCAAACUGCUGUGGAGGACUCCGAUGCUUCACAGAAACUCCUCCGAAAAGUUAAUGAAAGAGGUAGAGGAGACAGCGGUAACUUGGCCAGACGUCGGGACAGGGCUGUUGGAAAAUGGCUCACCAUCAUUUGUUAGCUUUAAAAGAUAAUGUGCCACAUGGUACUUUGGACUUGUUCUGAGUAGUUUGGCCAGGAUGAUGGAAACGGAGAAGCGUUUAUUUUCACGUUUCAAACCAUAUCUAUUACCUAAAAUUCUCCAAGUUCAGCUUUCUAGAGAGAUUCUUCGUUUCCUGUGUCGUUGAGGGCGACAGGGCUGAAUCGAUAACUCUGAAAAAAGGUCAGAAAGGUCUCUCGAGUCAUCAGGUGCUUACGAUUUAGUUCAAGUGAAAUAUAAGUAACAAGAGGAGUCGACCACCCCAGUGUCAAACCUGCUCAAACCUUCCUUUUCCCUGCUGGAUUCAAACCAGGUUCCUACACAUUUGGUUAUCCUUCUUGGAUACCACAACGGGUACGCUUACUUUUAGGGCUGGGUAUCGAAUUUCAAUACUUUUUUGGUACUGACCGGUGCUGAAAUGGGUCCAUAGCAUUGAAUAUCAAGUCCUGAGGGUUGGCAUUGAAAUGUCUGGUCAGAUUCAUGCUCUUAUUUUCUUUGUUCUUCGAUUUUAUAGUUUGUGAUUUAAAUCCAAAUUUUACCAGUUUUAGACUUCAAGUUCCUGUGUGGCUGUUUGUGUUUAAACAACGUGAUAACUUAUGCUUCUUUUGUUAACUGUAAUUUUUUUUUUUUUACUUGUGUGUAUAGUUUAAAAAAAUAUGUUUUCAAAGUAAGGUAUCGAAAGAAGUAUCAUUUUCGUAGUGGUACCAGAAGUCAGGUAUGGCAGCAGCACUAGUAUCCAAACAUUUGAAACGAUACCCAGCCCUACUAUCAUCCUGUGUACUGAGAAAUAAAAAGACAAAAUUCCAGGGUAACUCUAUUCUGCUAUUCUGCUUUACUCAUGGUUUGAUUUGGUGAUUUGUAGCCUAUGCAUUGCUGUAUAUAUGGUUGCAUUUCCAAUUUUUGGCCUGACUUGACAAUCGUGUCACCAGAUGCAAAAACUCUUUUUUUUUUUUUUUUUUACAGCUAUGUGAUAGCUUUAAUUCUAAAUUAACACUUGAGACGUUUUAAUUUUUGUUGAUAUACAGAUGACCAGCAUUAGGCCUACUGUACAGUAUUCACACAAGUUACUUAAAACAUACUGUUGCUCAUAUCGUUGUUGAUAUAUCGGAGAUGUACUGACUUUUCACUUACAGGUCAUCAGUCAGUUUGAAGCCUGAGCUUGUAUGGGAGUUCCUUUCAUUUAAGAAAUACACCGACUUAUUGUCAAAAGAGCUUUUUGGUCAAAUUAGCGUGGUGAACAUCGGGCAGUUGGUAGCAGCUUUACGUCUGUGUUGAAGGUUUGAGUUUUCACUGUGGCGUGUUUAAAUACUGUGACAUACAUAUGUAAUGAAUGGUGCAGCCUGCUGAAGCUGUGGUGCUCUAAAUACAAAGCAAGCAACUGCUUGGCAAUUUGACCAAGAACUUAAGUCAAGUCAGAUUUAUUAUUAAAGCACUUUUAACCAGUUUUCCUCAAAGUGCUUCACAAGGGCGAUAAAUAAUUUAGGUGGCCAAUAUUUGGUGUAUUUUUUCAAGAAUGUGUCUGGAGACAUGCAAUGCCAUUGGGAUGGAUAGACAGAGCCUGCUCAUAUUUAUGUUUGUAUUUUCAUGUUUGAAUAUGUACAUACAGUGUGUGUCUGGUUAGACACAGUAAAUGUAGGAUAUUAAAAAAAAAAACUAAAGUUAAGCUGCCUAGUGUUGUGGUUGGCAUGGCCAGCCCAGAAGGAAAUGGACUUUGUACAGUGUGUAAGGAAUAAAAUAUAAUGUGACAUUGUAUAGCUUCAUUCCUGCUUUGUAUAAGACUUCUAGAUCUUUUUUCUAAUGAAUUAAAGAUGCCUUAGACAGCUGCACCCAGUAUUUAAAUAUUUUUUUUUGUCUAAUUCCAGGUAACAACAUUUGUAAAAUUCCUUUUGUGUUUUUAACUUAUGUUACAUGCUAAUGUCAUGUGCACUGAUUAAAAUCCCAGGUUCCAAAUUUGUAAAUUUAAUCUUGAUUGUAAUUAAAUAUAACAGAUUUUCCAAAUUAAGACAUUUUUGUUGCUUGGUUUCUGUGAAUUAAAUGCUUCUCCUUCUCCAAGCCUAUAUGUUACAUAAUGUUCUUCAGCCAGUUGUUGUGUUUAUCAGGAGAACCCAGAGAACCAGCAGUUAAUUUUAUAACUUGUAUUAAGGUGCUAAAACAUAGAGUUUGCUCCUUUUCUACAGCCAACCCCCUCAAUAAAGAACUCAAACUAU